AAGGACCGGAUCACGAUUCACUCGAGGGCUGUUGUUUGUUCGGAUGUCGAUCUUAAAGGAGACGUGACAAUCGGCUCCAAUACAGUCGUUCACCCGAAGGUGACCAUAUAUGCCAUUGCUGGUCCUAUCAUCAUUGGGUCUGGCUGUAUCAUAGAAGAAGGGGUUGUCAUCGUGAACAAACACAAAGAGACUAUGCGUAUCGGUGAUGAGAAUCAUCUUGAAAUUAACUCCCGAACCGAAUCCCCAUCCAUCGGGAACUGCAACCUAAUUGGAACACGAGCCAGAGUCCACCACACAGUUUCAAUAUCUUCAUACUGUGUCAUUCAGCCGGCUGUCAUAUUUUCACCGCCUAUGCCAGAGCUUUUACCUGAGUACACCGUGGUCUACGGCGAAGGUGGUUCAGAACGUCGUACAUGGAGUGGACAAGGGGCCGAGCAAGAGCGUGCUCUACGCCAGAAGCAUGCGGAAUAUCUGCGGGAGUUGUUGCCUAAAUUUAAUCGUCAGAGGAAGGGAGAUGUCGAUUGA